CGUAGCAGGCAAAGUUUUCGCCCAAAUUACCCCGGAAAUGUUGUGAAAAUCCGACCAAACUGGGCGUAAAAGUGCACCGCAAACCCACAUCAACCCGUAACCGUGGCGAUUGUUAGUGAUAAUCUCAGUUUCGAGCGCUAUUUCCUCCAGAAGAUGCAGCAAGCAGACGAUCCCCCGUAUUUGACUGUUGGCACGGAGGUAAGCGCCAAAUACAAGGGGGCUUUCUGCGAGGCCAAGGUCCGCAAGGUGGUACGGAACAUCAAGUGCCGCGUCGCGUACAAACAGGCCGGUCUGGGCUCGGGCGUGGUGUCCGACGACCAGAUCAAGGGGGCACUCCGCGUUGGCGCCACGGUCGAAGUGAAGCACCCGGAGCGGAAGGAAUACGUCGAGGCGACGCUGACGAAGAUUCAGGACUGCUCGCAGUACACGGUGGUGUUCGACGACGGAGACAUUACGACGCUACGGCGUAGUGCAUUGUGUUUGAAGAGUGGGAGACAUUUCAACGAAAGCGAAACGCUCGAUCAGCUUCCGCUGACGCAUCCGGAGCACUUCGGUAAUCCGGUUAUUGGCGGGAGACGAGGCAGAAGAUCGCGUCAUCUACUGCAGGACGACAGUUCGGACGAGGACGAUGAACCGGCUCCGAACUCCCGUUCGAACAACAGCGACAAAGAGGAAAACAUCGGCAAGGUGGUCUGCGUGGAGUCCACCGACAAUAAGAAGAAAAAUCCCAAGGAAAACUGGUUCCCCGGAUUGGUUGUGGCCCCGACCGCCCAGGAUACGGUUCGCAUUCGCGUCAAGGAUGAGUACUUGGUGCGGUCGUUCAAGGAUGGUCGCUACUACACGGUGCCCAAAAAGGAGGCCACCGAUUUCAGCCGGGAUUGUACGAACAAGUCGGAAGCGGCGGCCGUUUCGGCUGCGUUGGAUUACAUGGACAAUGACACGUUGCCGCCGCACUGGGAUCGAGAGGCGUUGUUCGGGAUGUCCGGAAGCUGUAGCGACUCGGAACAAGAACUGGAAACGGACAGUUCUGAUGACGAACCCACGGAGGAGAAGGAUCACUUCGUGGCUCAAUUGUACAAAUUUAUGGAUGAUCGUGGAACCCCACUGAACAAGGUUCCCUCUAUUAUCAACCGGGAUGUUAAUUUGUACCGGUUGUUCCGAGCAGUGCAGAAAUUGAACGGAUACAAUCGGGUCACCAGCCAGAAUCAAUGGAAGCAAAUAGCUCUGCGACUGGGAUUCUCACCGGCCACGGUCAGCAUUACCAACCUGGUCAAGCAAGCAUACAAGAAAUUCCUGUUUUCCUUCGAGGAAUUCAAUCGGAAGCUGGGUUGCACUAUGGUUCCACAUCCGCGAACCAAUCGCUCCAAGGGGCGCAGCCUAGUACGGGCCAGUUCGGUGCAGUCACCGAAAACGACGGAAAAGGAGAAGCCUUCAACUUCCAAAGCGGCAGCGGCGGCGGCCGCAGCUGCUGCUGCUGCUGCCGCGGCGGCUGCUGCAGCGGCUGCAGAAGCCGCUUCCAGUUCAGCAUCAGUGGAAGAGUCCGGCAACACCAGCGAGUCGAGCACGGCCGAGGUCAAACCGAACAACAAGCGAAAGUUGUCCGGGGCCAGCACAGGAAAGGUCAAGGCCCUGGUGGACAAAUUCGAAGAAAAGGAAAAAGACAAGGAAAAGGAGAAAGAAAAGGAAAAGCCCAAGGAACCUCCGGCGGUGAAGAAGGAAGAACCUCCAACACCUUCAACGAAGAAGGCAAAGGAAGUUCCAAAGCCAACAACGCCGAAAGCCACCGAAACUAUCAUCGAGAAGCGUGGCCGUAAGCGGAAGGAAACCGACUCAACGGAUUCCAAAAAGGACGACAAGGACAGCGGAAAAGGAUCUUCGGCUUCUUCGAGUGGAGCUUCUUCGUCGUCGGUUUCUGUAAUGUCGUCCUCAGGAGACAGCAAGAGCAACAGCAGCAGCAGCAGUUCUUCAAAUUCAUCUUCAGCACCAGAGGGAAAACCAGUUGCCACCGUGGUCGCCGCUGGCUCCACAACCACCGGCGCUCCUAGCUUCCCCAUCGAAGUUGGCGACAAGCUGAAGGUUUACUACGACGAGCAGAAGGUGACCUACGAGGCGAAGGUGAUCGAGAUUGCCAUCCAGGAAGGCAGUCCCAUCUAUUUGGUGCACUAUACUGGAUGGAACACCAGAUACGACGAGUGGGUUCGCAAGGAACGUGUUGCGGAGAAUCUCACCAACAGUAAAACCAAAAAGGGCAAAUCCGACAAGAGCCACGGAAACAAGAAUGCUCCUCCUCCGAGAGACAGCAGUAGUAGCUCUACCGGAGGGCCCCCUGGAUCUUCAGCGAAUUCAACAGGUCCGCCUUCCUCAACAGCUACGCCCUCCACAUCGGCAACGACGCCCAAAACGUCCAAAAGAAUCCGUGGCAACUCGAAAGGAGACAUGUCCGGCAAUACCCCAACGACUCCGGUCACUACGAGCUCUCCGCGAUCUACGACCCCGAGUGCGUCCGCCGCUCGUAACAAGUCCCCGGCAUCGGCCGGCAAUCGCCGUCCGGUGACCCGCGGAGGCCAUCCGAACACGUCCUCGAGGCGUCGCACCUCCAACAAUACGGACAUUUCGUCCCUGUCGUUGCAAACCGAUGACAACACCAGCGACACCGAUUCGGACGAACCGAUCAAAAAGUGUCCGGCCAACACCAACAGCAACAGCUCAUCGUCGACGGCGUCCUCCAAUUCCUCCUCGUCGUCGUCUGCGUCCUCCAGCAGCAGCAUUAGCUCCAGCAGCACGAAAGUAAGUACAACGGCCGAAGCGGGCUCGUCCUCGGACGCGGCGGCCAUUUCGGACGAGUUUAGCAACGGAGCCUCCAAGGGUCGCGAUUACGAUCUGAACCAAAUUCGAUCGGAGCUCAAGGGAUUCAAGGAACUCAAGUCUCCGACUUCCCCGGCCUCGGAUAGCACUACCACGGCCACGACAGAUGCACCGGCAACGCAAGGACAAACGCUGGAUGUCAAAGAUGCCAAGGAUUCCAUACCGGAUGGUUCUUCAACGCCUCCACACGACGACGAAGCUGCUCCGGCAAGCUCAAAAUCCGAUGGUACUCCGUUGAAGGAUGAACUCGACGAGCCAAUGGAAGAAGAACACGAGAAAACCUCCGAGUCGGAAACGCUUAGCGAGGAAGAUUCUUCGCAAUCUUCCAAUAAGGCUUUCUCUAGCUCUCCGAUAACUGCUAUGGUUGAUUCGGAUACGGCUCCUGAAACCCCGGUCCCACCUCCGACGGUUUCGACACCCACCCCUACGGUUAUCACAACACAACUCACUUCGGUAUCCUCAACCUCCUCAACCACGGUGGGAAUGGCCUUGAAGACCAUAAAAACCAUCGACACCUGCACAUCCAAAAUUAUAGACAAGGUCGUUGAGAAGACCUACGAAAAGGACAAGGCAGCAAGUGCCGCCCCAUCCAGCAGCGCAUCAUCCGGAAUGCCCCAUAAGCCUCCGUUGAAAACGUACGGAACGGCCGCGGCCAUCAUCGCCAAUGCCGAGAACAACGCCGUCAAAUACGCCGUCAGUACCAUCAUCCGGGAAACGGACGUUGACAAGCUCUUCCCGCUAGGAUCUGCCGCAGCCGGUCCUUCCACCAGUGGCUCAGCACCGACUUCCGUCAAAGAAGUACCCACUCCAGUGAUCUCCAAACCAUCGCAUUUACUUCCGGAAGAUAAGCCAACCGUCGCAGCGGUUCCCCCGUCCCAUCCAACCCAACGUCCCAACAUUCCGCCGGCAUUUGCUUCCUCUACUACUCCGGCAACACCCGCCGGUACCGUACAACCCGCGCCACCGAAGAGUACAAAGAUGAUCAACGUUCAGGACGAAAUCGUGGCCACGGUGAUCAACAAAUCGGCCAUUGCAGCGGCUACAACGGCGACCGCCGUCUCGGCGGCCGUUUCGUCGACCAUUCCCGGAACAACGGGGAUUUCGCUUCCCACCGCGACGGUGGUCGUCAAUGCACCAGUUACGACGACGCCCAGCACUUCCACCACCACGCUGGCAGCGUUGCGAGCCGAGAAGAAACUCACCGGCGACAAGCGGAUGGAGAAGGUCAUUCCCAUGGGGAAACUUGGAGUGUCCGAUCGCUUCCAGCCGUCCGUACUUUCCACAGAGAAGAAACUGUCCUCGUCUACGCUGACCCCGGCCCAGAACAAACUUCUAAGCAAAGAAGCCUUGUCGAUCAAGUCGAUUUUCGAAUCGACCGCCACCAAGAUCGAGAAGAACAUUUCCGACGUGUACGAAUUCAAGGAUGUUGAGUUCGACGUUCCGGAAAAGACGACGACUACAACCAUCAGCAGCAGUAGCAGCAGUACUGUAGGUGGAACGACUCCGAGAAAGCAUGUGUCGGACGUUCCACCGGCGGAGGUGGUCAGCUCGAUGGCUGCGGCAUCCGAGGAGAAGAAGACCGUGGGUAAGAAGGGUUUGGUGAGAAAACCGGAACUAGUUGGGUUAGCUGAAAAGAAAGUCAAAAAGAUUUCGCCGAUGAAAGAAACGGAUAAGCUCAAGCUGGUUAGGCGGGAAAAGGAACGAGAUCUGGAGAAGGAAAAACUCCUUCUUAAUAACGAGUUGGAGGGAGCAGUUGCGACGUUCAGCGCCAUUAUGGUAACGCCGGAGAAAUCGUCUCCACAUUUCGCUGGAUUUUCCAUGCAAAAAGACCCGCACACGUUUGAUGUGUUUAAGAAGUCUCCUAAUCUUCCGACUGUCUCGCAUCGAGAUGAAAAACCGGUUAUUGAGGAAGACCACAAACCGGAUGCCAGCAAACUGGCUGCAGUUACGAAGGGAAUAUUUACCCCGGUCAUGUCUCCGACAGGACCGGAGCCAUCUUUUAGUGAAAUUGUCAAGAGUCCUUCAAAAUUGGAAGAAAAAGUCAAGGAAGAACCUACGUUGGAAAAUUGCAAGAAGUAUUUCAAUGAUAUGAACUUCGAUUUCGAUACUCCCAAAACGGAGAAACCUCCGUCGAUUGCCGAUAAGGUUUUGAAGGCCCUAGGCCAGCAACCUCAGGUCCACUGCAGUUCCGUGAAAUCCGAUUUCCCCAAAUACAGCAUACCGCCAACGGUUCAUCAUAAACAUCCUUCACUGAUGCCCGUUGAACCAGUGAGCAGUGCUCCAACGGUGGUAAUAACUCCAGCAAAACUGGAAAUGUCCAGCUUUGCAUCUACAAUUUCGAUGAAACCACUUCACACCCAACCACCCAAGAUCGAAAUUCCUACGAUAAUGCUCAAAAAAGAAGUUGAACUGGUAAAACCAGCAUCAAUUCCCAUUGUAUGCGCCAAGGCCCCGCCAAUGUUUACCAGCAAUACGGAUAUCCUUCCACCAACCACCUGCACCAAGAGUCAAGAUCUCACCGAAUCCAUCAAAAAGCUGGAAACAUCUAAUCUGGUCCAGGCGGAAUCCUCGCGCUUCACCCACCACGACGAGGACAGUACGGACAGCAACGAUUCCGAGCACCGUCUGGUAAUCGAAGACCCGGAGGCCAUCGACCCCAUCCCACAGCAGACCGACUUCGAGAAGCUGAUCAAGGUGGAGGUCGAAGAAAAGCCCCCCAUGCCGAUGUCUCACGUCGAAAUGCACUCGGCAGCUUCGGCCGCUGCGGUGGCCGCCGUGGCCUGCAAAGAAAAGCUCAUCUACAAAACCGAACCUCACCACCAUCAUCAUCAUCAUCAUCAGGACGUCAAAGAGGAAGUUCCGCCACUUUACGGUCUCGUCGACAGCAAGAAGGGUAAGCAGCCAAGUAUUCUCGAAACGAUCAUCCAAAGCGAGCUCAACACGGUCGUCAAAUGUGGCAGCGCCGGCAUGGGUUCGCACAGUUUCCUUAAGAUCAAAGAUCACGAUUCCUUCGCGCAGAACGAGUUGGAUCGGCUCCGGCGCGAGGAACUUCUGCUCCAGCAGCAACCGUCAUCACACCCCACUCAACCGAAUCCUUCACUCGCAGCUCCCCUUUCAGAGUCGCCGAUGACUUCGCCUACCACCAUGACGGCCCCAGGGGCAACCACCACCACAGACAAACAGCAAUCCAGCAGCAGCAACAGCGAGUCCCUCUCGAUGCUUAUCUGCGAGGAAACCAUUCCCGGUUCGCCGGCUCCGGUCUGUGGAGUCUCGUCGGCCAGCGCCCAAAAGGAAUCCACCAAGGUAUACGCCGAAGCGGUCACUUCCUUCCUUUCCCCGCAAAACAUCGCGUCCGAUCUGAAACCCGUGCCGAUGGACCUGGAACCGACGACGGAUCCCCUGGCGAUGACGACACCGGCCGGCAGGAAAUCAACGGCAGCCGACACAACCGCAACCGAUACACCCAACAGUUCACCACGCGAUUCCAUCAGUCAGGAUGAAAAUCAAGAACCGGAAGUAUCGCCCGCCAAAAAGAGGAGACAACGGAAAACCAGCGAGGAGCCGACCAAUAAGCGGAGGAGAACGACGGGUUGCAGCAGUAGUAGUUACGGUCGGGGAAGUCACCGGUCUAUGGGCAACAACGCCACCGACAGCGAGGACAACUCCGAUUCGAUGGCCUUCCACCGGGGAGGUCACAUUUCAUCGGCUGCCGGAGGAUCCAGCUCGGCAUCACCCGGCGGAAAGUCCGGCCGACCCUGUCAGUACAAUUUCCUCGUUAAUUUGGAUCCUGCUCUCAAUAGCGCCCAGCGGAUAGCCAUCCUGAAGAAGAAAAUUCAAGAGCUUCGCAAAACGUACAACGCGAUCAAGGCCGAGCUGGCCAGUAUAGAUCGCCGACGGAAGAAGCUCCGAAGGCGCGAACGGGAAAACAAGAAACAGGCCAAACUGGCCGCUGGCGGUGGAACCUGCUAGGUGGCAGGUCCCCCGGCAUUAUUGUAACUAUAGUACUACAGUAGGCAUGCACACACACAUUUGCAUCAUAUUCAUGAAGAAUUUUAUUUACACUCGUUUAACUUAUAGCAGUCCCCAUUUUAGUAGCGUAGUUUGGCAAGAAGGCAGAGCAUUAGAUUGUGUGAUGAGAUUUCUGCUGAAAGGUCCGCAAGGAGCGAGCCCCCACAAACGGCGCAGAGCAUCAGAUACAAAAAAGUGAAACUUUAGAGUGAUUAGAUCGUAAGUCAGAUUAAGUGUGUUAGAAAACUUCUAUAGAACCUCAUUCAUCGAAUGCUGUUUCUGUUUGUGGCGAGGGUGGCUUCCUGGUUCGUAUGAUUGUGUUUCGAACAGGACUGGGAAAAAGUGAGCUCUUUGUAAAGCUAGAAACAAACUAGGUAAAUUUCACUACACAAUUAAGUUUUACUCCAAGAAAGAGAUGGUUUGCGAUCUGUUAAUUGUUUAUAGGUAGGUUUUUUUAAUCCCCCCUUGGAGUGAUGAAUGUUCUGCGUCCAAUUUGUUUGAGAUUCUUUCCUGCAACUAAACUACUAUAGUGUCCAACAUGUCAUGCAAUUUUAGCACUUAAGUAUUCACCAGAUGAUACCUAGUGUGUAAGAGUUCGUUGUAAAGUGUUGUAAACAGUUUUUGAAUUUCAAUACAACACAAGAGACAGUAAGCAGAUCCACCUAUCCAUUUACGCACGGUUCAACAUUAAUAUUGUCCAGCUCUUGAUUUUAAUUUUUCAGAUUGGUUUCGACCAAAACUUUCAAAAAAUCUCCUGUUAUGGCCCUUUCUGGUGAGCUCGUUCCAUACUAUGUUUUACUGUGUACUCAAACUAACAAAUGUGAAAUGUUUCCGUUCAGUGAGUCCAGUAAACAAUAAAAUGCUGAUUGUAUUUAAUGGCUUCUUCUCCUGGUUUCUGGUUUUACGUUUCCGCUGGAAUUGGUGCCAUUUCUGAUUUAAAUGCUAGAAGGGUUUUGCGAUAGAGUUUUCAAUAAAAAUUCCAUAGAAACUUGUGGCAGAGCUCCUUGAGAAAUUUGCGAAAACAAUAAAUAUAAUUCUAGGAGUAUUUCCACCAAAAGCUUUUAUAAAACUUCUUACAAAGUUUAUGGUACGAAUUUAAGUUCAAUUAAUAAGAGAAGGCCUGGAAACAUUUUUGACAAGACUCUAUUGAAUUUUUAGUAAAGUUAGUGUGGAAUUGUAUAAUUGCUUAUGCACAUUUUCGCAAUUCCUACAACUUUGUUUUUCUCCAGAGUUCCGCAACUACAUCCGUUAGAAAUUUGUUCAUCUCUCCAAGCAAUUGUCUGUAAACUCUUUCAGUUGUUUCAUCCUUAGAGAAAAUUAGUGAAGAAGGGUAAAACUUAGAGCUGAAAAGAAAACAAACUCCUUUUUUUGUUGUGCCGUGUAAUCAUCUAUAGCAAAAUUGAAAAUGAGAGCAAUCCAACCGUACAGUCAUCCAGCAACAGCAACCGGCAACUGAUAACAAGAUCUGUCUGUUGUGAGACGCCAAUGUAAAUAACAUCCCCAACUAGGUAUGGUUUGAUUCACCCAUCAAUAAUGAAAAAGAAAUAUGUGAAACCUCCAAACAAUGCUCACAAUCAGCCACAACAGUCUCAUUAUACUAUCACCAAUUGUUUAUGAUUCCUGCGGUUUGGUAAUUACUUUGGCGUAGUAGUGAAGUCCUUGUUAAAAUUUGGAAACAGUGAGAUCAUACGUAGAUAAAAAUCCCUUUUAACCUACAAUGAUAAUCGAUUGAUAAAAAAAAAAACUUCAAUUUCUGGAACGCAAUUCAUAAAAAAAGUACAUACACACAAAUACACAGAUGGCUAUUUAAAUAAAAAAAAAUCAACAGAAUGUAUAUGCAAAAUUAAA